CAGUUUCUUUCAAAGGCCAAACUGAGUCAGAUUAACUUAAGAAAGAAUCGGCAGUGCCUCCAGGCUAAUAUUUAUACAUAUAUUACAUCGGGAUCGGGGUCAAUAUUAUGGUGAAAACACGUGUACAUUUCUAGUUUCACUUUUGAUCGCACAACAUGAGUGAAUCAAAGAAACAGAAAUUAUCGAACGUAGAUACAUCUGAUGGGACGGAUUCUGCGAAUUCUAAAUUGAAGGACGAAUUCCGAUUUAGUGAGGACCCAUCUCUUGAGAAAAUACGAGAAAUGCAAGCUGUGUUCUGUAGGGAGAGGAACUGGGACCAGUUUCAUACACCCAGGAAUGUACUACUGGCCCUGGUCGGAGAGGUUGGGGAGCUAGCAGAAAUCUUUCAGUGGAAAGGAGAGGUUGAUGUAGGACUUCCGGACUUCAGUCAGGAGGAGAGAGAUCACGUGGGGCAGGAGAUGAGUGACAUUCUGAUUUAUUUAGUGAGGCUGGCAGACAGGUGUCGUAUUGACCUACCCUCCGCCGUGCUGCAGAAAAUAGAACACAACGCACAGAAAUACCCCGUCAAUAAGGCUUACGGUAACAACAAGAAGUAUACGGCGUACGCGGCAGAGGAUGCUGGGAAGGCACUCCCCAAUGGGGACCAACGUGAAAUACAAGCCGUGUUCUGUAGAGAAAGGGACUGGGACCAGUUUCAUCCACCCAGAGAUGUUCUCUUUGACAUGGUGGGGGAAGUCGGGGAGCUGGCAGAAAUCUUUCGAUAUAAAGGACAUGUAGAAGUUGGACUUCCUGAGUUCAGUCAGGAGGAGAGAGAUCAUGUCGGCCAGGAGAUGAGUGACGUUUUACUCAGCCUGGUCAGACUGGCGGAGAGAUGUCACAUAGACCUACCCACAGCAGUGCUACAGAAGUUCCAGCUAAACAGGGAGAAAUACCCGGUCCACAGGGCCUACGGUAAAAUCAAUAAACCUACAGAAAACACGGCAGAAAAGGAUGGAAAGACAGACACUACUGGUAAAUAGAGAAAGUUUCAAUAAAAAGACAAAUAGAACUCUUUAACAGCACAGUCUUUGUAAACAGCAAUAACAUCAGGAUACCAGAGUCGGUGAAACAUUUCCUCAAAGAGAGAAAGAAACCAAAAUGUACAAAAUGAAAGGACCAAUAACAUCACAGAGUAAGAUGUAAUUAGCCCAGUGUCAAUGGAACCAAAAUAGCAGAGAGUAGAGACAAACCAAAAUCAACACAGUAUUAGUGGAACAACAGCACAGAGUGAAAGACAGGCAGCACAUAGUACUCUGUUCUGGUAACAAUGGUCUAUUAUUUUCACAAAUUACUCAGUUAGAUAUGAAUUUUUAUUAUUAUUAAUGAUUUUUAUCAUUGAAAUAGAUAAACUAACUUCUUAGACCUACGUGUGUGACUAAUAAUUAAUAAAAAAAAAAGA